GUUCAACCACGUAAUAAAAACUUAACCUCACAAUGUAAUGAAAAUCUAGCAACUACGACACAAAAAAUAGUUUCUACUAAAGAUCUUGGUCUUGCAACAGCAACGCAAGUUGUCAACCCAGUCAAUCCUAAAAUCGAUCUAAAUAUAACCACUUCAUCUAUUAAUAAUAUUACUAAUAAUCCCUCGAUAUCAUCAACAUCAACAUCAUUAAAUAAGAAGCAAAAAAUAGAAGAAAUUAAUCAAAUCACUUCAAAAGCUAUUGCAAUAAAUAAACAUAAACCAAUUGGAUCAAAGAUCUCAGAAAAGAAUCAAACAAAAGCAAUAGAAACAAGGACUAUAGCUGUCACAAAACAAGCAAUAUCUACAAUAACAACUAACACAACAAAUAAAAACGAACCCUGUGUGGUUACGGAUCCAAUAUUAGUUACGACCAUAGAAUCUGAAAUCUAUGAAGCUGAAUUAGAAAAAACUCGUGCAAAAAAAAUAAGAACUCAAGAAUGGGAUGAUUUCGAUCUUGAGGAUAUGAGUGAUCCCAUGAUGGUGGCAGAGUAUGCAGUGGAAAUUUUUGAUUAUUUGAAACUUUUAGAAAGGGAAACAAUGCCAAAACCUAAUUAUAUGGAACUUCAAACGGAAUUAAAUUGGAAAAUGAGAACGAUCCUCAUUGACUGGCUUGUUGAAGUUCAUUACAGAUUUUGUUUAUUACCUGAAACUUUAUUCUUAACAGUCAACAUAGUUGAUAGGUUUUUGUCAGAAAGUUUGGCCUCUAUGGUCAAAUUGCAACUUGUAGAAGAAGGUUACACAGAAGAUGAAAUUCUCAAGGCAGAACGAUAUGUAUUACAGACUAUUAAUUACAAGUUGAAUUAUCCCAAUCCAAUGAAUUUCCUUAGACGAAUCUCAAGAGCUGACCAAUACCAUAUUCCAGCUCGGACUGUUGCCAAGUACCUAAUGGAAAUCACGCUCCUUGAUCAUGCCUUCUUAACUUGCACUCCCUCCAUGGUUGCAGCAGCUUCAUUACACCUGGCUCAUAUAAUGCUUAAACGUGGUGAAUGGGUUAGUGUUUGGUCAAAGUCGUGGUUUACUGCGAAUUUGAUUCAUUAUUCUACAUUUACAGAAGAGCAAAUCAAACCUUGGUCAAAAAUGAUUUUACAAUACUUGAGAAGAAACAAUAAAUGUGUCGAUCAACUCUAUUCUAAAUACUCGACUAAAAAUUUUAUGAAGGCUAGUUUUUUUGUCAGAGACUGGCAAUUUUGUUAUAAAGAAGGGAAUUUGAUGUUUAGUUUUAUAUUAUCUAAAUUUUGUUUGAAAGUAUUAAAAAGAACAAGAAUUCAAGAAUUAAUUGAAUAA